AUGGGGGAGCUUCACAUGGAUAUUGUGAAGUGUCGUCUCGUACGCGACUAUGGUCUUAAUGUGUUUAUUGGGCCUCUCCAGACUAUUGUAACAAAAUCAUUUGCUAUCGUAUGUGAUUUUUUCAAAUUUCAGAUUGCUUAUCGCGAGAUCAUAAGUCAUCCAAUAACUUUGACGCGAACGGUGCAAGAUAUUGUAGACGAUAAAAAGAGAAUUCAUAGCGCCAAUCUAACGCUUUGCUUGGAGCCAGCUCCAAAGAGUGGCAAAUUCAAAUCGGUUUGUUUCAUCCGGAUCUAUGUGCAAGUGGAACUGCCACCCGAUGCUACCUCCAUUCGUAGUGAUUGGCUCAAGGCAAUAAACGAAGGUUGUGGAAAUGCACUUCACAAUGGUCCUGUUCUGGGUUUUCCUAUACAAGAUGUGGUGAUCAAAUUGAAAGGAAUUACUACCAGUGGAGGACGUGUCAAUCCUGCAGUUCUAUCUGCUUGCGCUCAUAAAUGUGUCACAGAAGCUAUUGAAGCUGCAGGCGCGCGGUUGAUUGAGCCCAUUAUGCGACUAGAUAUCAGUUUGGAAAGUGGCACUGAAGCUCAAAGCACUUUGCACGAGCUGUCGAGGCGGCGCGCUGACAUUGUUGAAUGCUGCGGAACACAGUGUAAGCGUUGGUUU